UAUGCAUCAUCAUCAUUCAUCAAUCAUCACCACAUAAACCAAUCAAAGAGCCACGUCCACCAGAAUCAAAACCCUCUAGUGGAAAAACAAGCAUUGAUCAUCAAUCCAAAAACCUUAUCCAAUUCCAAUGACUACCAUCACACUCUCCCUUCCAUGCACAAACCCUUCCUUCUUCCUCUCUUCUGCUCCCAAACGAUUCAAAUUCAACCCCCAAUCAUCCACACAACUCUCCCCCUCACCACCCCAAACCCCACCACUCAAACAAACCGGAGCAAUCGUCGUCGGAGCCGGUCUAGCCGGUUUAGCCGCCGCCACUCAUCUGAACUCCCAAAACAUCCCUUUCCUCCUCCUUGAAGCAUCCAACGCCGUCGGCGGCCGCGUCCGCACCGACAUUGUCGACGGCUUCCUCCUAGACCGCGGCUUCCAAAUCUUCAUCACCGCCUACCCAGAAGCCCAAAAGCUUCUCAACUACGAAACCCUGAACCUCCAAAAAUUCUACUCCGGCGCUCGAAUCUUCUACGGUGGCCAAUUCCACACCGUCGCCGACCCCCUUCGCCAUUUCUCCGACGCCGUGAAAUCCCUCGGAAACCCAAUUGGCUCCCUCGUCGACAAACUACUCAUCGGAUCCAACAUAAUCCGGGUCCUCUCCAAAUCCGACGAGGAAAUUCUCAGCGCAGAUGAAGUCCCCACAAUUGACUUGCUCAAGAGCCUCGGGUUCUCCGAUUCUAUCAUCGGAAGUUUCUUCCGGCCGUUCUUCGGCGGGAUCUUCUUCGACCCGGAGCUCGAAACGUCGUCGAGGCUGUUCGAUUUCAUCUUCAAGUGUCUCUCCCUCGGCGACAACACGCUCCCAGCGAAGGGAAUCUCAGCGAUCCCGGAGCAGCUAGCGGCGAGGCUACCAUCCAGUUCGAUCCUCUUCAACUCGGAGGUUGCCUCCGUCGACCUCAACGGCUCCGAACCGCCGCGCGUUACGUUACGCAACGGCGACGUUUUGAGGAGUGAGCUCGGUGUUAUCGUGGCGGUUGAAGAACCGGUAGCUGUUAAGCUAUUGGAGGGAAAGACCAGUCCGGUUCUGAAAAAACCGGUUCGGAGCACGGUUUGUUUGUAUUUCACUGCGAACCGGGAUCAGAUCCCGGUUCGUGAUCCGGUUCUGUUUCUAAAUGGGUCGGGUAAGGGGAUUGUGAAUAACAUGUUCUUUGCCACGAAUGUGGCUCGGUCUUAUGGCCCACCCGAUAAGGCUCUAGUCUCGGUGUCGCUGAUCGGGUUGUUUGAGGGUGAGUCGGAUGAUGAGCUCGUGGGUAAGGUGGUUCAAGAGCUUUCGGGUUGGUUUGGAGAAAAAAUGGUUAGGGAAUGGAAGCACUUGAGGACUUAUCGGGUCGGGUUUGCACAGCCUAAUCAGGCGCCACCCACGGAUCCGAUGAAGAACCCGAGAAUUGAAUCGGGUUUGUAUGUGUGUGGUGAUUAUUUGACCUCAGCCACGUUUGAUGGUGCUUUGGUUUCUGGAAGAAGAGCAGCGGAGUCAUUGUUGAAGGAUAGGGUCUCCACUUCUUUGGCUUAAGCUUAAGAAUGUUUUACUUUUAUCAAACUAAACACCAUUGUUAUUUGGAGGGGUAAUAACGAAUUUUUGUUGUUAUUUUGGCUAGGGUUAUACACCAUAAUAAUUGACAAUCACUGUAAAAGUUGCAACGGCGGCUGAAAGAAGUUUCUCAAAAUUAAAAUUGCUUAAAUCAUAUUUAAGUUUAACAAUGUUACAAGAAAGAUUGACUCAAAAA